UGUUGACUUGGAAAUUGGUCUAAAAAGAGCUAUUGUUUCAUAAUAUAUAAAUUAAUAUAAAAUCGGUAAAGAACGUAAAAAGCAACUAAUGUGAUGGAAUUGACAAACCAGUGCCACUGCUGCCUGCAGCGGCCUCCGGCGAAAGAUUUGUGUACACCGUACACGCGUUUCGGCAUAACGGAAAUAUACUCGGUCAUGAUUGAAGAAUGCUUUGUAAUCAAUCUAACAUCAUGUGACGAUGGCAAGAGUGGUAUCUGCGAGGUGUGUCUGGGGCGGCUGCGGGAGGCGUGCCUCUUCAAGUUGCAGGUGCAGCACUGCCAGGCCGAGCUGCAAAUGGGAUUCGAGAGAAAACUGAGUGUCAAAGACGAAGAAGCCUUAGAUGAACUAUCUUCAUAUGGCGCGUACAGCGACUCUCCCGAGCCUUCUUUAUCUUCAGACGAGGAGCCCCUGGGUCCGUCGUGUAAAGAUGAGCCGCGGGACGAACAUCUGUUACUGUCUUUACCCGGCGGCGAGUACAGAGUUGGGCCAGAGCCUCUGUCCUCGCGCGUCAUUCAGCAGCUUUCGCUAGGGUGCUCCGUGAGGCUCGAGCGCCUCCGCGACCCUGCCAAGCCGUGUCCCGUGACGUCACACCGCGAGCCGAGCCCCGCGAGGAGUGUGCAGGACGAGCCCGGUCACACCGCCGCCGAGGAACAAGCCUGCAAGUCGGAUGUAAAAUCAUCGAUUAAACCAGAGCCUUGUGAUGACGACGUGGGAGAUGAGCAGCUGCUAGAUGCGUCAUUUGUAAAAUCACCGAUGAAAUCAGAGCCUAAUGAUGCCGUGGGAGAUGAGCAGCUGCUUGAUGCGUCAUCGGUGGCUGUAGAGUUUCCGCCGGCGCAGCCUGACGCCCGCGCGAGCCGAGCCGAGCUCGAGCGUCGCCACGCCUCGGCGCCCGCGCGGGCGACUCCCGUGACGUCACACGAGCCGACUCCAGCGACGAGUGUGACGUCACACGAGCCGACUCCAGCGACGAGUGUGACGUCACACGAGCCGACUCCAGCGACGAGUAAUCUGCCCACAAAAGUUCUCAAACAAAACUCUCCGCAAACAACAUGA